CAGCCCAGCCGUGACGUCCGUGUUUAUAUAAGACGUCCCCAGGCCUUCAGCUGUUUUGAUACAAGCUCCCUCAAUUUUAUCGUCGUAACUGCAGAAAUAUGCGCUGGAGGGUGGUUAUUCCCGUCUUUGCGGCGGUGCUGGCCGUCGGGGUGGCCGCCAGGGUGAUGACCGGAGCUCCGGUGGACGCGGACGUGAAUGACAGCGGGGCCCUGAACGCCCUCAAGUUCGCCGUGGUGGAGCACAACAAGGCCACCAACGACCUGUACCUCAGCCAGGUGGCCCGGAUCAUCAGAGUCCAGAAGCAGGUGGUGGCCGGCAUGAAGUACAUUAUCACUGCGGAGCUGGGGAAGACGCCCUGCAGGAAGGGUGGUGCAGAUCAAGAGUGCACAGUCCAUGAAGACCAGAGCAAGGCUCGGCCUUACCAGUGCACAUUCACAGUGUGGAGCAAACCUUGGCAGAGUUUUAUUCAGCUGGAGGACGAGAAAUGCUCAUAGAAAAAUGCGACGGGGGAAAUCUUAAAUAUCUGCUUUGUUUGCAGAAUAUAACCAUCACUUGUGUUCAGAUGAUCCAUAACAUUUUCACUAAUGAUUUCAUGCUCUAGUUAUGUUACCUCACCAUAUGCUAAGUUGAAUAACAAAACAGCUAACUUUGCAGACAGUAGAACCACCUAUGCAAUGUAAAAGAAAGACUGUGAUCUAAAUAUCAUUGAAUAUCACCAUUCUGUGUUUUUCAUUUUCUCUCUAGAUCAGGCCCAGCCUAUGGAAACUUUAAAACUAUGAUGCACUGUUGACAUAAAUUACGCUGCAGUUUGGACCAAAUUGACAAAUAUUGGCUUUGUAAACUCAAACGGAUAAUUUUCGGAUGAGUUUUAUUGUCUAUGUGUGAAUUUUUCAUUUGGGUAUAAGUAACACUAUAACUACGCCUGUCCCUUAACCUCCCAUCAUGUGUUACAGUUACACAGGCAUUGCACAUCUUCAGCUGUCUUUAUCUCACUCGCUUAUGCAUUAAAUAAUUUUUUUGGCAGUGCAGAAAA